AUGAAACAAUCAUUAAGAUUAUUGAAAGAAAAAAUCCCUAUAAAUAAAUACUCCUUAUACGUUCCCAAAUGUGGAGUUUUCCCCAAGGGAUUUAAGGUGGGAUCUAUUGCGUCUGGUGUUAAAAAAAAUGGUAAUUUGGAUCUUGGCAUAAUUGUUAAUACAAAUACCAAAACACCAUCUAGUGCAAGUGCAGUUUUCACUACCAACAGAUUUAAAGCAGCACCUGUUUUACAAUCACAACGAGUCUUGCAAGAAACUAAGGGCUCGAACAUUAACUCCAUUGUAGUUAAUUCUGGAUGUGCUAAUUCUAUUACUGGUGAAAUUGGCUUAAAAGACGCAAAAAGUAUGUGCGAUAUCGUCAACAAACAGUUAAAGUCUGAUAAACCUUCUACUUUGGUUAUGUCCACGGGUGUUAUUGGACAAAAGUUACAAAUGGAUAAAAUAGAAAAGGGGCUUGUUGAAAUUUUUGAAAAUAAAAAAAUUCUAGGUGACGAUUUUGAACAUUGGUUAAAUGUUGCUAAAUCCAUUUGUACCACAGACACUUUUCCUAAAUUGGUUACUAAUAAAUUUAGAUUAUCUUCUACUGGUCAAGAAUAUACAUUAACUGGAAUUGCUAAGGGAGCAGGAAUGAUUUGUCCCAAUAUGGCAACUUUAUUGGGGUUUAUCUUGACCGACUUGCAAAUAACACCAAGGGCUUUGAAGAAAAUGCUAUCCAAUGCCACCAUGAGAUCCUUUAAUUGUAUUUCUGUGGAUGGUGAUAUGAGUACUAAUGAUACUAUUACCAUGAUCGCUAAUGGGGCUGUAGAAACCAAUAAACCUGUUGAUAUUGAGAAUGCUCAAGUAUUUAAUGAAGUUCAGGAAAACGUUACCUCAUUUGCACAACAAUUGGCUCAAUUAGUGGUUAGAGAUGGCGAAGGAUCUACAAAAUUUGUCACUGUCAAAGUUUUAAAUAGUUUAAAUUUUAAUGACGCAAAAACUAUUGCAGAAACCAUUUCCAAUUCCAACUUAGUUAAAACUGCUCUAUAUGGAGAGGAUGCUAAUUGGGGUAGAAUUUUGUGUGCCAUUGGAUAUUCUAAACUAAAUGACAUCAAAUCAUUAAAACCAGAAAAAUUAAAUGUUAGUUUUGUUGCUACCGAUGGUUCAGAACCAAAGGAAUUGAAAUUGUUAAUUAACGGUGUUCCAAAUUUGGAUCUUGAUGAGAAAAGAGCUUCUCAAAUUUUGGCAUUACCAGAUUUGGAAAUUUUGGUUGAUUUAGGUACUGGUUCUGAAAAAUGUCAAUUCUGGACUUGCGAUUUGUCACACGAAUAUGUUACCAUAAAUGGUGAUUACCGUUCGUAG